AUGCUACAAAGUAAAAAUAUCAAAUACUAAAUUUUAGAGACUAAAUAUUUAUAAGGAGCUGUUGACUGUCUUAACCAAGUAACAAACUAGCCAGGUGCUUUUAAUUUUGAUUUGGGAGUUAAUUAUCCAUCUUAAAAUGAUCAGACUCAUUUUUUUUAUUAGUAUCCUGAUACUUUCUCUACUACAAUAAUUGCUUUGGAUACAUCAAAAGAGGAUUUAGUUUGUGGCAUUUUUCCUGGUAUAGACUUUUGUAACUAUAUUUAAUUGUUGAGAAAGCAAUCCAAUAAUCCUUUGAUAAAUUAAUUUAAUUAGAUAGAUUUGAAACUUUUAGAACCCUUAGCAACGCUUAAUUUCUAAAAGGGUGAAAUAUUGAUGGGUAUUAAUUAUGGUGUGAGAUCAUAAUACGAAGAUUAAAAAAUUGGAUAAAAUCUGACUAAACUUUUUUUAAUAAAUGCAUUAGGAUUAGGAUUUAGCAUCGCUGCUGGAAUAUCUUAUAAUCCAAUAUCAUUUCAUAUAGUUUCCAAAAAUAAUGCUUAAUUAUAUAGCUAUCUGGACUUAAAUAAAUAGGAUUUAUCUGAAGAAUUAAAAAAAAAGUUUAAAAAGAAAGAUUUGUUUCUUUUGGGAAUCUUUCUUUAAAAAAAUAUCCCUCAUAUUAAAAUGCCUGAAAUAAUUAAACCUAAUUUAUGA